GGGAAGAUAAGAAGGCUCUAGCGCAGCUUCGUCUUCCUCUUAUCCGCGGGGGAAGAACAUUGGCGACACCAUGCUCCCAAUGGCCGUCCACCCAGCCACCACGCCGGCCCUCGCCCCGCGCGCCCGCCUCGCCCCGCCCAGAACUUCCACCUCCCUGGCCGCCGCCUCGUCCUCCUCCUGCUCUCGCAUCGUCCGUUUUGAGACCAGUAGGCUGCCCCUUCGCUCGCUCCGCAGCAUCGCCGCCGCCGCCGCCGACGCCGACGCCGUCGAGGCAGAGGAAGAAGAGGUGCAACUAGCUGGAGGCGAGGAAGCUCUUUACGAGGAGGAACCUGAGGAGUACAAGGUGGCGGUGCCCCAGAGACAGGACCCGAUGCUGGUACUCAAGUUCAUCUGGAUGGAGAAGAACAUCGGCAUAGCACUUGACCAGCUGGUUCCAGGCUAUGGCAGCAUCCCGUUAAGCCCGUACUACUUUUGGCCACGGAAAGACGCGUGGGAGGAGCUGAGAGCAAAGCUGGAGGAGAAAGAAUGGAUCUCGCAGAAGCAGAUGAUCAUCCUUCUCAACCAGGCCACCGACAUCAUCAACCUCUGGCAGCAGGGUGGCGGGAGCCUGUCAACAUGAGUCCCUCCCCUCCCUGUUUUUCCAGCCUUUCAAACUUGUUUUUUGUUGGGCUCUUUACAUGCCUUAUCUAUUGUUAAUGUUGAAAUCACACGGUACAUGCCCUUGUAGAUCGGUUUUGGUUCAAUCUGUUCUCAGAUAUGGUUUUGUUCAUGGAAGUGAACGUGUGAUAUAUUGAUUUUCGUGAGCUGAACAAUUUGGUCAUGGAGUGGAGUGACUACUAA